GUCUUGCCCGCGCCUGCGCGUGCGCACCGACCGCCCCAGCUCCCCGGCAGGAGAUUCUCUCCUAGGUUUUCCUGCAUGAGCAGAGAAGACAGUUGUUGCGAGUAGAAGUGACACAGCAUUUACUAGGAUGUCUGAGGACGAAGAAAAAGUGAAACUACGCCGCCUCGAACCAGCUAUCCAGAAAUUUAUUAAAAUAGUAAUCCCCACAGACCUGGAGAGGUUAAGAAAGCACCAACUAAAUAUUGAGAAGUAUCAGAGAUGCAGAGUCUGGGACAAGCUGCACGAAGAGCACAUCAACGCGGGACGCACCGUGCAGCAACUCCGCUCCAAUAUCCGAGAAAUGGAGAAGCUUUGUUUGAAGGUCCGGAAGGAUGACCUGGGACUUCUGAAGAGAAUGAUAGACCCUGUUAAAGAAGAAGCAUCAGCAGCAACAACAGAAUUUCUCCAACUCCACCUGGAAUCUGUAGAAGAACUUAAGAAACAGUUUAAUGAUGAAGAAACUUUGUUACAGCCUUCUCUGACCAGAUCUGUGACUGUUGGUGGAGCAUUCCAUGCUGCUGAAGCUGAAGCUGGAGCUGACCCCCAGAGUCUGACUCAGAUAAUCGCAUUGCCUGAAAUUCCUCGAGAUCAAAAUGCUGCAGAAUCAUGGGAAACCUUAGAAGCGGACUUAAUUGAACUUAAUGAACUGGUCACAGGAUUCUCUCGCCUAGUGAAUUCUCAGCAGGAGAAGAUUGACAGCAUUGAAGACCAUGUCAACACUGCCGCUGUGAAUGUUGAGGAGGGAACCAAAAACUUGGGGAAGGCUGCAAAAUACAAGCUGGCAGCUCUGCCUGUGGCAGGUGCACUCAUCGGAGGAGUGGUGGGGGGUCCGAUUGGCCUCCUUGCAGGCAUCAAAAUGUUGGGGGUUGCAGCUGCACUUGGUGGUGGAGUGUUGGGCUUCACAGGUGGAAAAUUGAUACAAAGAAGGAAACAGAAAAUGAUGGAGAAGCUCACUUCCAGCUGUCCAAAUCUUCCCAGCCAAACUGACAAAAAGUGCAGUUAAAGACCAAACUUCAGUCGUACUGGCGCCAACAUGUCUAUCCUGAUGGGCCUUGGCUGCUGUGGGACAUUGGUGUUUGGAACCUGGUUAUGUCGAGAUAGUGGCUGUAGAUGCUCAAGCAGCGUUGAACUGUGAUAAAUGGCUCUAUUUUUUUGUUUGCCGGGAUGUUAAUGGAGUGGACGAGUCUGGGCCGAGGGUGGAUAAUGCUUGUCAGGUAAAGUAUAAAGACUGCUAGGGAGCAGAUUUUCUGCCCGGAAAUGUGAAAACCAAACCCGUAACUUUGAUGAGCACAUGCAGUGCAUGGACGCAUUGGGUCGCGGAAGAGUAGUCUCUUCCAUACCCCUGAUUUGGAGACCCUGCGGCUAAGCAUAUUACAAAUAUGCUUUUUAUCUCCCGAAUGUAGGAGAUUAUGUAGGCCCAUCAGCAAAGAAAAGAAUGGGAGUCGAUGAGCCUUUCUUAUCAAAUGAAGAAAUCAGGCCUGGCAGGGGUGAGGGUGAAGCGCACGGCAGAGGCCGUUUGGUGAACCCUGACACAGCUUGGUCCAACCACAUUUUCUGCUGAAGGAAACUAAUAGUAAAAGAAAAUGCAAAGCAAGGCCAACUUCUCUAUCCAAUAUUUUCAUCUGUGACCCUGGCUCCUUCUCUGAACUCUGCCCUCCGCCUCUCAUUAAAGACAGAAGCUCAAGCGUAGGGGACAGUGGUAUUAGCCAGUCACUCAGCUGGCUCUGCUGGCUUGUCUCUUCACCCGAAAGACCUAGUGCCCUCUGCCCUCCUUCCCUCGUACUUUCCAAAGUUCUUUCACUUAUAGGGUGAAUUCUACCUAUGUAUAAUGAGGGCUUUUUUCAUAGCUUGCCUUUUUUUUUAUUGUUUCUCAUCCUUCCCUAUAAUUUCUAGGUAAGAGAGGGAUGGAGAAAAAGAGAGAUCUCCAAAUAGCCAACAUUGUUAGAGUUUGAGCUAAAAACUAAGCAGGCAGGAAAUAUGCCAGAUCGUUUCUUGGGACAUCCCCCAAGUUCAAGAGGCUGCUGUACCUGCCACACAGGGCGUCUCUGACCCCAGCAAAGCUAAGCGCUAGCCUUCUACCUCACCUCCCUCACCACCAUCCUUUACCACAGGCUUUGCUCUCUCCUAAGCCUUCCUUCACUUUCCCCAGCUGCCAUUUCUUCCUAAGGAUGGCACUCAUGUCUCCCUUUCCUCACAUUCAGGGCGAUGAUGGACCGAGCCUGGGGCCAACACUCAGUCCCCGCCGGUGGAUCUGCGGUGCUAAUCCCAACACUUGACAUUGAGAGCGAGCAUGGCCCAGCCCAACCCAGUGUCUGUAUCAAAUGGCAAAGAGGUUUUAAAGUUAGAAAGAGAGAAUUUAAGAUUACAGGCAGCCUCAUCCUACACCCCCAACCCCGAGAUAGGAAAGAACCACCUUUUGCCUUACUCCACUCAACUGUGAGGGCUGGGGAGUGGGGGCCAGCGCCGCGCACGCCGGGCCCUUUCUCUGCUCGGGCGCCGGUCGUUGGGCAGCCAGAUGCUUUGUGAUUUCUCUCUAGCUGAGCUUCCUCUUCCUAACUGUUAUUGAUGGCUACUGUAUUUUCAUUUCUAAUCCAGAGAGACCUUUCUCCUUCAUACUUUUUGACUCUCACCAGUUCUCGUCCUUAAAUACCAUAUUUUGCCAUGCAUAACACACUCACGUUUUGUGUGCAUUAUACGUGGGAUUGUUAUACCCAUUAUUAUGCCCAUGGUAUGUAAUCAUUACACCCAUGUAUAAUGUGCAUCCUUAUUUUUCCCUCAAAAAUUUGGGCAAAAAGAUACACAUUAUGCACAGCAAAAUGCGGUAACUAGAAAAUUUCCAGUACUGUAUUGCUACCUGCUGACAUGUGUCUUUUAUGUAAGACCAAGAAGGAAGUGCUCUGAGUGAGUGUCAGAUUCUGAUCCGGUAUUGGAUAUUGACUGAUACCUGUAAGGUCAGCAUGAUUACUUUUGAACUCUACCUUUUUUUACUUAAUGGUCCGUGCUGUCCCUUUCACACAGGGUGUUCCAACCAGAGUGGGGAUUAGAAUCAUGCGGGUGUGUAUUUAAAACAAGAGUCUCAAACUUCAGUCCCACAGGUGAUUCCAGUAAUGGUCGAUCUGGCCUGGCCGGCUACGGUUUUAAAUGUAAGACAUGGCUACACCAAGAUUCAGCUGUGGCACUGCAGGCUGUGACCUCCAGUUUUCUUCCCGUCAGCGUUGCCCAGUCCGCAUCACUGCACAUCAUUCCCAUUCUCCCGGCCCCAAAUUGCCUACGCUUUUCGCCCAGGGUCCUAACACAGCCAGGGACUCGUUACACUGUCAGGCUGGUUGUGCGUCGUGACCUGCAGGAGAGAGGAGGCUGCAGCUGCAGCUCAUUUUUACCGAGUGUGAGACACCCCUGUACGUGCCCAUAAAGGCCCGGAAGGUUACUGCUCACUGGGGUUCGGAGGUUGCCCUGGCAGCCUUCAAGACUGGGCGAGUCACAAGCCUUUCACAAAGUCUUAUUUUAAAUGAUUUUGAAAUGGUAUCUAAUCUUCCCAUAAUAGAUCCUAAUAGCCAACUUUUGGUAGAAACAUCUAGAAGCGUUUAAUCAACUAUGAAUGAUAUACCUAUAAACUAUAGUGUGUAUCAGUUAUUAUAACACAGAAACUGAUCACAAAAUGGAAUUUAAUGCCCAACAGUAUCAGAGCAAAUUCAUCUGUUAUUCAGGUCUUAGUUUUACUCCAACAAGUUAAAACAUAAGGAACACUUUGCUUAAGUUCUUCAAAUUUAGAGAGGCUUAUUGAUAGAGGCAAAUUUAGAGAGGCAUUGCCCUUGGAUAAGGGCAAUGCUCCUGAAGGCAUUUUUGAUGUAAUAAUCUGUAGGGCGGAGACUGAAACUUUUUAUUGUAACCCUGCCCCCCACGGUAAACAAUGCCCUUAUAUCGAACUCAGCAUGUGUACAGUCAGUGGGACAACUCUUACCAUUAAGUGCGGUGCAUUCUGAUGUUUUUGUCAUUUUAGUUUGUGCAAUAACGCUUGUUGCAACCUACUCAAGUGAUUUCAUAAUCUGUCAGUAGGGCGAGACCCUUAGUUUGGGGGAAAAGAAACCCCACCACUGCUACAGGGGAACUGCUGGUCAUCGAAUAGCUUCUGUUUGCCAGGCCCUUCCCUAGGCAUUAACAGGUAGGGAAACUGAGUCUCCGAGAAGUUCAAUAAUUUGCAGAGGUUUGUUCAAGUACAAAUGGGUGAAGCUAGGAGGUUAACUAGGUCUAUUGAACUACAAAAACUAUUUGCUUCUUACUGUGCCACUUCUGUAUGUGAAAUUGAAGUGGGCCCUUUAUUCUGCUCCAUCCAAACACCCAUAUAUUCUGUAAGCCAGGAUUACUUUGAAGUUACAUGUGCCAUUCAUUUGCACUUAAAUAAAAUGUUUUUUCCUCAGAGCAGCCCCAAAGUAUUUAACAUUGGCCAAGGCAGAAGUAUGCGGUGCUGAGUUUCAUCCCUAGACCAUAAAAUUAAAAGUGUUUCUAGUCCACACACACAUCCUACAGAUUUCCUUAUGUUCUGGGCUAUAAACAUCACUUAAGCAAUGAUUUUUAUAUCUAAUUAAAAAUUAAAGUUAUUAAGACAAAUCUACCAUAACUUACAGAAUCAAAUGAUCGUUAUGCUUUAAAAUGGUGCUCUUAGGAAUCUGUGCUCUCACUGUGGCGAUGCUAGUAUUAGAAUGCUUUGAAAAUUUUCUUUUAGAAUUGCCUCCAAAGACAUUGUGCAGAUCGGUUACAGAAGGCUAUCUCAGUGUUUUCUGGUCCCAGACUGUGCUCCCUGGUCCUUGUGACCUCUCCUCUCUCCCUUCCUCAGCUUUGCUCCUAUUCUGCUGGCUUGGCUCUCCUACCCACCUCUGCCCCAGCCACUGACUAAGGGGGCCCAGAGGCCGGCUGUGCUGGCUGGAGUUGCUGGAGCAAGAGCGUGUAGACUGCAGCGAAGCUGUGCUGGAGGGGGGACCACUGCGAGUCCAAACCCUUCCUCUGGGGUCAGUCUGCCCGCCCAUAAGUGCUGUGAGUAGUUUGCACACAGGUCAGACCUGAGUACUGGUCACAGCAGUCACGAGAGGUUGAGGAAAUCUGAGAAAUGUAUGUAUAACGUGCAGCAUUUUUCUCCAGUGAAGGUACAGAAACCAAACCACGGCAUACUUUUUAAAAUAGGUCUUUCCCCUUCGCCUUUCACUGCUGCCAUGUGAAAUCUUUGAGAGGAAGGAUGAGGAGAAGCCGGGGGAAGGUCCUCCUGUGAAAUGGAGCGUUUUCUUGUCUGUAAUAAAGUGCAAUGUGACUGUGGCUCUCGGGUGCUUACGAAUGUCGGACAAUGACCGUUAAGUCGUCGCAGGCCUGCGGAGAGGCAGGGGGCUUCCCUGCUAGCCUACCCCAAUGUGAGCAGCUCAGGCUCUGUCUGUGCUUUCAUUAAAACUUUACUUGGUUUCUAACAGGUGGUUCUCACCGUUUAUAUUCAUUAAUUCGACAUCAUUUUACAGGGAAACUUCUGGGGUGUAGUACACAAUCAAUGGUAAAUGACCCUGACGUUGCCAUCGUACAUCACUGCCCUCAGAGAAGUGGGGUCCACCACUGCGUGUGCCCACAAAGGCCUGGGACACGAGAAGUGCGUCUGCCCAACAGUAACAAAAAUAAAUGGGGAGAAGAGUGUAAAAGAUGUCCAAGGCAGACGAUUUGGCCCAGUUCAAAGCUGGUUAGCACAAAAGCUGGAAUUAAAACCACAGUCUAAGAAAAAAACAUCUUCAGUGUGAGUAAACUGAGCUUUCGUGG